AUGGGCAGCAAUGGAGAUUUCACUACAAAGACCGUUCAAGAAGGACGAGCUCUCAUCGACAACCUUGCUGCAAGUAGUAGAACCACUUGCACCGAUUUUGAUAGAACAAUCCGUUCUAGCAAUUCCUACUUUAAGGAGAUUGCUGAACUCAAGAACAUGAUGAACCAACUUCUUAGGAACCAACAACGUGGAGUAAACGCUUGUGAGACUAUUAACAAUGGAAACAUGGAGCCUUUUCAAGAAGAUUCUUUUGACCAAGAAGAAGAAGUCAACUAUGUUGGUGCUCAAGGAUACUACCAAAACCGAGGGUACAAGAACAACUUCAACAACAACUUUAGAAACACUUCUAACCUUUCUUAUAGGAACCCAAAUGUGGAGAAUCCCCAAGAUCAGAAUUAUCCUCAGCAAGCUAACCGCUUUCAAAGGAACAACUUUGGUGGAAACAACAACAACCACUUUCAGCCUCGACCCCAAUUCAACAACAACAAGCCGCCUUUCCAAUCCGGACCAGCCCAGGCGCCUACCACUCAAGCUGAAGCUAAUACCAACACAAAGAUGCAAGAACUCCUUGUUGCUUUUCAAAAGCNGAGUCAACCCUCCGGAACCGUAUCUCCAAUUCAAGACAUUGAUCGACUAGAACGUGAAAUCAGAAAACUUCGAAGACAACAACUCAUGGCCAAAGAAAGGAACCAGAACCAAGGUUUCCUUAACCUCGACCAACCGCUGAUACCUCCUGCCCUCAACAAGCAAGGAGAACCGAUUCUUGCACAAGAUGGCAAUCCCAACCUUGUAGCCGCUGAUCCGCAACUCGACCCUGAAGUUGGCCAAGACCAUCAACAAGCUCCUCGUGAUGCUAAUCCUAUAGGCGUGGGAGACAAGCUCGAUGUUCCUCUUCACCAGCCUGCUCUCGUCGUUAAAACACCACUUCCUCAAGUUGGCGGAAAACAACCUGCUUAUGUGCACCCUGUAAGACGUGCCGCACCCAACCGUACCAUAGCCGAUUAUGAUGCUCCUAACCAAUUCGUUCAAGACCGUGCUGCUAUCCGUAUCACUCAUCCUCCAAGACGUGACUAA